AUGGCUCCCGUUAUUCUCAACGUUGCCUACCCAUCAGGCUCCGACUUCAACGUCGAGUACUACACCAGCAAGCACAUUCCCCUGGCCGUCGAGGGCUGGAAGGCCAUCACCAGCGGCCUCAAGGACUGGAAGCUGUACACGCCCCUGGGCGACAACUCGCCCUACGCCGCCGUCCUCGAGGUCACCUUUGAGAGCAUGGAGGCCCUCGUCAGCGUCCAGACCAAGGCGCCCGCCGAGCUGCAGACCAAGCUCAAGGAGGAUCUCGUCAACUACUCUACCAAGCCGCCUUCCAUGUGGGUCUCGGAGCUCAAGGCUAGCCUGUAA